UUCAUAACGUCCCUCUCUCUGGGAAAGUACAGUACAAGGUAGCCAGCACUAAAUCAAGGGUUUUGACUAGUCAGUUCCCUUUUUCCCUGUUAUCUUUCAAAAUACUUAUUUUCCCGCUGCCCUUCAGGAGAUUACACAGUUCUGCAGUUCAGUCUCUGAGAGCUUUACUGAUUUAUCAUCCUACUUAAAAUAAACAGUGAUUCUUAUAUUUCCAAAGAAAACCUCAAGAUCUGGACUACCGUGGAAGACAUCUCCACUGAGGCACAUCCCUAACUUGACAGAUGGGGAAUGACUACAAGAAAAUUAUCCUGCUAAAAGGAUUUCAGCACAUCAAUGAUAAAUGUUUUAACAUGAUUAAGUCUUUACUGGCUGAGGAUUUAAAACUGAAUAGCAAAAUGCAAGAUGAAUACGACAGAGUUAAAAUUGCUAACUUGAUGGAAGUGAAGUUCCCAGGACCUGCCUGUGUUAACAAGCUAAUAGAGUUGGUCAAAGAAAUAGAUGAAAUUAAAGACCUUGCCAAAACUCUUAGAAAUGAGAAGUUAAAAGUUUUAAAGAAAAACAAGGAAAAAGGAGCAACUCCAGUGCAAAAACGCAAGCAGGAUAAGUCCAGUCUUGGCCAAUCCACAUCCACCGCAAGUGAAGCUUUGGGACCUGAAUCAGUCAAGGAUACACCUGUGAAGAAAAAGAAAACCACCAAAACUAAUGAAUCUAAGAGGAUGAAGCUAACCGAGGAGCAGAGUCAGCUUCCAGGAUUGUCAGUAACGAGCACAACGUCAACCGCGCGCCUUCCCAAGACUCCUCAGAUGCCUCCACCAAAGCCAUCCAGCAGUUCCUCAACCAAGAAAAAAAGUGACACAGUCACCAAACCUAAGGACGUAAAAGUAAAGAUGAUAUCUCCUAAGCAGAGUCAGCUUCCAGGAACUUCAGCAACCAGCUUGUGCCCAACUGUGAGCAGUAAGCAGAUCACUCCAAUGUUUCCACCGACACCAUUCCGCAAUUUCUCAAGCAAGAAAGAAGAAACUGCACGUCUUUCAAUUGGAAAAAUAGAAGACAUAACCACUAGAACUGCUGACCCCAGGAUGAAACUAUCCCCGGAGCAGAGUCAGCUUCCGGAAAUUCCAACAUGCAGCAAAAUCACAAUUGAGAAUUACUUCCAGGCUCCUCAGAAGCUGCCACCAACCACAUCCAGCAGUUCCUCAACUAAGAAACCAAGAUUGAAGUCUGUACCUAAAGAAGCUUCCAGAGAGGAGGGCUUCCAGAGGGGCCCCAAAGAAGUGAUGGUGCUGAAGGCAACGGAACCAUUUACAUAUGAUGUCACAGGAAGCAAGGAGAUGUUCCAUGCCACAGUGGCUACUGAGAGUCAGUUCUUCCAAGUGAAGGUUUACAAUGUUGCCCUGAAGCAGAAGUUUAUCCCCAAUAAAGUCAUUGCCAUAUCAGAUUAUAUUGGCCGCAAUGGGUUCCUGGAAGUGUUCAAUGUCUUAUCUGUGUCUGAUGUUAACCCUGAACGAAAGAUGGAGAUCUCUAAAAGCCUAAUUCAAAAGGCAAAGGCAACUCCUAAAAUCAGUCAUCUUCAUCUGCAAGACCCAGGAACAUUUGUGAAUGGGGUUUUUCUGGUGCAUAAGAAGUGGGUAUGUAAAGAAUCCAUAUAUUAUGUAAUACAAGAUGAUACAGGAGUGAUGGAAGUCAUGGUUUAUGGACAGCGGCUGACCAGUAUCAACUGUGAAGAAGGUGAUAGACUCACACUCGUGUGCUUUGAAUUGGCAAACACUGGGAAUAAGAGGCAGCUGAGAUCUGUAAUUCAUAGUUUCAUCAAGGUCACCAAGGUCAAGCAAAGAACAACCACACAAUCCUGAGUCAUAUAUGGAAACCUGCUCAGAGCUGUUCUUCUAAAAACUUGGAUGUCAUUAAUAUUGAUGUUUAUGGAACUAAGAUACAAUUAAAGCAAAAAUGUGUGUAUAUAUAUACAUAUAUAUAUACACAGAAACAUAUAGUGUACUAUAUUAGCUGUUACUUGUUAGGAAUGAAAAGCUUUUCAUUUUUUUAUACUUUUCUGUAACAUCUAAAUGUCACAUUUUGAAUCUAUAACUUUUAUAACUUGGAAAAAAAUAAAUAUUAUACUUUUCUUUCAUGAAGGUAUGUACCCCUAGGAGUCUAAUUCAUUGUUUUGUUGCUUAAAAGGAAAUAGUCAUCUAUGGCCUGAAAAUCAGAUAGAGACACCUAAGCCUCAAGCAAUAUUUGAAUUUAUACUUUGUGUGUGAUCUUUAUAGGAUAUAACUCUGGUCAAGAAUGAACAGGUUGAGCAAGCUGUGCUCAAAGAACCCAGGAGGACAGCAGACCAACUGAAAUUCCAUCCGUCCUUUAAUUGCCAGCCCCCAUCCCAGGGUGGAGCUGCUUUAGUAAAACAAUGUAAACUUUUCAGAAUUGACCUCCUGGAGGGGCCAGAAUUGGGUAAUUUGCUGACAAAAUAAGGCAGCUUUUGGCUAUUUGCCAGAAGUCACUAGUACAUUUUGAAAGUAACUCUAGCCCCUCUGAUGUGAAAUAACUGGUUCCACUUAUUUAUUCAGGUACCAGCAGCUCAGUAGUUCUCCAGUUAUACUUCAUGGUCCGCACAUGUGUGGAUCCGAUGAGAAAGUUGCUCCAGGCAAAGACUUGGAUUAGGCAAACACUGAAGAAUAAUUAAUUUACUUUACAGUACAGUGGCAGAAAGUAACUAACACUGAUUUUACAGUGUGUUCUUUUACAUUUAUUUUUUUGAGGUACAGUUGAUUUAUAAUGUUAAUUUCU